AUGAAGUUAUCUUCGAGCACCUCCUUGGCUCUCGCGUCUCUCGCCAUCUCUUCGUCCUCGUCCUCCUUGAGAGCUCUGGCAGCGCCAACUCCCGGCAACUCUACCGCCGUUCAGGAUGCAGACUAUUCCGCCAUGCCUUCGAGCACUUCAACUGCCUCGAUGACGAUGUCCUCGUCCGCAAGUGCACCAGAGCUCACUCCUGCCUUCACCCGAAGCAUUCGUGCCCGCCAGCUUGCGGGCCUUAUCGACGCGAUUGAAGGUCUUCCCAUCGUUGGACCUGUUAUGGCCCCAAUCAUGGACGCCCUCAGUCUUAGUUCUAAGGUCGCCGGUGCGGCCUCCGCCGAAUCCCUCAGUCUCACUCCCGGCGUUCUCGACGAAGUUCGUCUCGCCGCCGCUCAAGCCGCGGGCCAGAUUCAACAGAACGUCCAGUCCGCCAUCAGCGAGGGCGUCAACGCCGCCUCCGCUGCCGGUGCAGGUACUCCCCUCGGCGGUGCCUUCAGUGUAGCUGGCGGUAUGGCCGCGGCUGCACCGGGCAUCGCCGCUGGUGCAGCCAAUGCCGCCACUUCACUUGCUGGACAAGUCCCUGGUACUGCCGCUGGAGCAGCUAGCGCUGCUGCUGCCGCCGCCGGAUCCGUCGCCCCUCCCGCUGGCGUCCCUGCCGCUCCUGGACCCGUCGCGCCCGUCGUUUCUGGCGUCGCCGGUAGCGCACCCUCUCCUCCCGGUGGCGCACCCUCUCCUCCUGGUGGGCCACCAUCGGGUUCCACCACUGCGAGCUCCAGUAGUGCUUCCUCUUCAGCCACCUCCGUUGGUGCCGCUCGCGCUCUCCGCAUGAGGCGCCAGAACGCCGUUCUCAUGGACGGGGGCGACGAGCCCCUCAUCAGCAUGGCCUCCGCCUCUUCUACUGCCUGCUCCGAUAUGGCUACACCUACCGCUGGUGCUGCUUCUGCUGCCGACGCCGACAACAAAGGCCCAAGCAUGACACCCUCCGCCUCGUCCUCGUCCACGUACAGCUCUCCCAUGCCCUCCGGCCCGCCGAACAGUCCCGCUCAGUUCUAUGCCAUGAAGAGAGAUGGGCAACCUACCGUUGGCGUCGCCCCGAGCGCUGGCGUUGCCCCUAGCGCUGGUGGUGUUGCUCCGAAUGUUGGUGUUGCUCCGAAUGCUGGUGUCGCUCCCAAUGCUGGUGUAGGCCCCAACGCCGGUGUCGCUCCGAGCGUUGGUGUCGCCCCGAGCGUUGAUGCGGGCGCGCCGAAGCCGCCGGUGAGGAGGGAUGGUCAGCCUGGUGUGGGUGUCGCCCCGAGCGUGGGCGUCGCUCCUAGUGCAGGUGGGGUGAACCCAAGUGUGGGUGUUGCUCCGAAUGCUGGUGUCGCUCCAAAUGCUGGUGUAGGCCCCAACGCCGGUGUCGCUCCGAGCGUUGGUGUCGCCCCGAGUGUUGGUGCGGGCGCGCCGAAGAGGAGGGACGGUCAGCCUGGUGUGGGUGUCGCCCCGAGCGUGGGCGUCGCCCCUAGCGCAGGUGGGGUGAACCCAAGUGUGGGUGUCGCUCCGAAUGCUGGUGUUGCUCCGGCUGCGGGUGUCACCCCAAAUGCUGGCAUCGCUCCGAGCGUUGGUGUUGCCCCGAAUGUCGGUGCGACUGCGCCGGGGCCGAUGCCUUCGAUGAUGGCGGGGAUGAACGUUCCGAGGGGUACGAUUGCAGGAGAUACCCCGCCGUUGUUGAAGUAGAGGGUUGAUAUGUCGUAUUCCUUCCGAUGCACGUGUGACUGGUUGGGUUCUGGAUGUAUUUGGUUCGGUUGUGGAGACGUGUACGGUUUCGAGCCGUAUUUAUGUGGAUGUGUGUUGAUGGUGCGAUGAAGAUAAUCCUAUAUACUAUAUGACUUGCGUCGGCGCCCUGCUUCUCUGCUUGCUUGUAAUCCC